AUGGAACCCGAGAUGGUGAGCACCACGGUGGACAACGCCCCUGCUUUUUUACAAUUAAAAGAAAAGUACAAACAAGAAUUGGUGGAAGAUACUCGCUUGAGUAAAGCCGCGGAUUUGGCGGCCAGACAACAUGUGCUCUUGACCAGCGAGGUCCCGGAUGCCUGGAAACGACCGCAACUCAAAGCCGUGAGCCGUCAAUUACGCCAUUGGACCAAAAAAGUGCGUCAACCCUUUGGAGCGCCGGCGGGGGGUGUGCGCGCUGCAGGAGCUGCCACGCCUGGCGAGGAUGAUGAUUUUGAGGCGGGACCGAUGCAAGCGUGGUUCACGCAGUUGGUCAAGGCCACCCAAGGUAUAAAACAAGGGUCCACGCCGGCUGGACCCAGAAAACCACCUGUCCCGCCUAAACCGAACAUCACCCCCAGUGCUAAAAAGAAACUCAAGUUUACGCCUCAACCGAGCAGCGCUGAGUUGGCACACGAGUUGCCUUUUUCAGACACGCACGGUACAGCACCCUGGGAAACCCCUAAAGAACGGGCGGACUCUAUCACGAAAUCGGUCACGCGUGAUAUUCGCAAACGCACGACGGACGCUGCCAAAAAGAAAGCCACCAGUAUCGCCAAAAAGAAAGCUGCUGGGUGGGCCAAGAAAGCCUUGGAUUGGAAAUCGUGGAAAACCCCGUGA